AUGACUCUCGCCGUCGAUCUCCUCAACCCAUCUGCUGAGCAGCAAAAGUCGUGCCACAAGCUCAAGAGGCUGGUGCAGAACCCCAACUCGUUCUUCAUGGACGUCAAAUGCCCCGGCUGCUUCGCCAUCACAACCGUCUUCAGCCACGCUCAGACCGUCGUCCUCUGCGGCUCGUGCGCUCAGGUUCUCUGCCAGCCCACUGGUGGCAAGGGAAGGCUCACUGAGGGCUGCUCGUUCCGUCGCAAGACAUAA